AUGCUAUCACCAUCUUUGUAUUGCAAUUUAACAAGCUUCCUAAUCAAAGAAGCUUUUCCCAUAGCAUUGUUCCUCUCGUACAUGGAUUCAAGUUUCUUCCACAUCUCAAAAGCAUUAGUUUCAUUAGCAACAUGUUGCAACACACUUAAAGAAACAUAUUGUCGGAUUGAUGCAAUAGCUUUCCGGUUCAAGGUAGUCUAAGCUUUCUCAUCAACACCUGUUGGACGUUCUUUAUACAAAAUUGGGUCAAGCAAAUCUUUAGAGAAUAAAUAAUCCUCAAUACGAAUUUUCCAAAUUGAAUAAUUCGUAGAGUCCAAACUAACCAUUCCUUGAACAAUUACUUUGUCAUCCAUCAUAAACAACACAAGAAGCCAACCAAUAAAUAACCAGGCUCUGAUACCACAUGUUGGGACUGCGCGUGCCCUCACCCCAACCCCGCAUUAGUAUGAUAUUGUCCGCUCUGGGCAAGCCCUCACGGAUUUGUUUUUGGGAACCUCCCAAAAGGCCUCAUACUAAUGGGGUUGGGUGAACCUAUAUAUUUUGGUUCAUUUACUCCUACUCAUCCGUCCGCUACUCCCGCCCGCAAGAACCUGGGCUCUGAUACCACUUUGUUGGGGAAGCACGGAACAAAACACAACGGAAGCGUAUAAAAUCUUUUCCCCAAAUUAAUGAGAUGAACAACAAAGCACAAUAUACUCCAAAAAUCAGCACCACCACCACAAAUAGAUAGCAACGGAAAUAAGAUAAAGAACACACGAUUUA